AUGUCAACAGAAACCUUCGUCCUUCCGGGCGAUCAUAUUGCUCCAGAAUUAUUACCUUCUCACCCAAGUUUACCUCUGAAGCUCGGCCCCGGGUUAAGACAUAUUCCUCCAAAUACAAUUACUUCAACUGUGGCAGGGCAGUUACAGACAGACUCGAGGAAGAACGCGAUAUGGGUUGAAUUCAAUGCUGGCAGAUACAUUCCAACAGUAGGAGACCUCGUAAUUGCUUCCAUUAAAAAGUCAGCAGGAGACGUUUAUUACGCAAAUCUUAGCGAUUUCACAUCAGACGCCAGUCUACCAGUACUCUCGUUUGAGGGAGCUACGAAGAAAACGCGACCGCAGCUUGAGAAAGGCUCAUUGGUCUAUGCAAGAGUUACCCUUGCCAACAAACAUAUGGAUCCGGAACUAGAAUGUGUAUCAGCAUCAACUGGUAAAUCGGAAGGUUUGGGGCCAUUGGAAGGAGGGAUGCUUUUUGACGUUUCCCUCGGUAUGGCAAGACGGAUGAUGAUGUCUCGCCCAGCCGAUCAAGGCGGUUUGACGAUACUUGAGGAGCUAGGGGAGGCAGGCGUUUCAUUUGAGAUUGCCGUAGGAAGGAAUGGAAAAGUUUGGGUGGAUAGACGCGACGCUUGA